AGUGCUGCUCGUGUGAUUUAAUUACUGUGAGAGUAAACCGUGUGUUCAGGUGUGUGUGUGUGUGUGUGUUCAGCUGUGACAGCAGCCUCGGGUCGGAACAAUGUCUGGAAGUAUCAAAACCUUCUCAAUAACGUACGACCCGAUCAACCAGAGCAACACGUUCAGCAGUGGCGACAGCCUGAAGGGGAGAGUUGUUCUGGAGUUAAAGAAACAGAUAAAGAUUGAUAAACUUUACAUUAAAUGUAAAGGGGACGCCCGUGUUCACUGGAACGAAUCAAACAGCAACUCCGAUGACUCCUACAGCUCUCAUGAGAGAUACUUCAAACUCAAACAAAUCUUCAUCUGGGACAGCUCUGUGAUGGAAAACAGUGGAGCCACACUUGUAACAAAUGGGGAGACAUACAAUAAUUUGGUUAUGCCAGGAUACCAUGCCUUUCCAUUUUCAUUUCAGCUUCCUCAUGGGAGCAUACCAUCAUCUUUUAAAGGACGCCACGGAUCAAUUACAUAUGUUCUUCAGGCCAGACUGAGUAGAUCAUGGAAACGCCCUCAAACUGUGAAGAAGGAAUUCACCUUUCUGUCAAGUGUUCAUGGAAAUGGUGCUCAUUUAAUGACACCACUUUCUGAAUCUGUAGAAAAAAAGAUGAAAAUUUUCACCUCUGGAAGUGCCUCAGUCAGAGCAUCUACUGACAAAAAGGGCUACAUGCAAGGUGAGAGAAUCAAGGUUGAAACCCAUAUUGAGAACUCUUCCUCUCGUGCUCUCAAGCUCAAAUUUAAACUUGAGCAAAAACAGACGUUCUUUGCCAAAUCUCGAAGAAAACAUACAACGGCAGUUAUUUUCAAAGCUGUCGAAGAUCCCAUUCCAUCUAGAUCCAGAAAAACAUUCACCAGUAGACUGAGGAUCCCUUCGAACUUGGACAUAACCAUCCCAGACUGUAACAUUAUUAAAGUGGAGUACAUGCUCAAGGUGUAUUUGGAUAUUCCCUAUGCUAGAGAUCCAGAGAUUAUAUUUCCAGUGGUCAUUGUCCCAGCAGGCCAGUUCUGCAUUCCACAGCAAAGCCAAGCAGGUUUCCAAACCUGUCAGAACACGUGUGAAUCAAUAUGGACAGGUUCUUCAUUUCAAUCAGCAUUUGUUGCUUUGCCCUAUGUUUCUCCUGCUACUGCCCUUGGACCAGCGCUGAAUCUAUACCCAAGCGUAUACACUCAUCCAGCCAAUCCAGACGAACCACCACCUUCUUAUACAGACAUCUUUCCAGACUCAAAUCCAUCAGCAUAAAGAGUCAGCCCAGCUCUAUUACCCUUCAGUCCUCCAUCAUACACCACUAUGGAUUCUUCACCUGCUCAUCACUACCAUACACCACAGCAUUCAACACCACAGUGUCCAAGCACCACAGUAUACUGGCAAAGUACAGCAAGUCCAGAGUAUUAUCCUACUAAAUAGACUGCAUUAUCAGAAUUGCAUUCAUCACCAUCACCAUUUUCAGUGCCAUACAAAAUGGUAUUGAACUAAAUUGUCAUGGUUGAUAAGUCAGUGUUGUUGUUAUUGUUGUUUUUUGUUAGAAAAAUGUUUACUAUUGUUCCCAAAUACUUUGUUUAUAGUUUUAUGCAUUUGUAAUACUGUAUAUAUUUUAUCAUUCAGAGAACUAUAUUUUUUGUGAUCAACAUCCUAUUUGAUUUUAUAAACCAAAGUAUUUUCAUAGACUUAUAGUAUAUAUACGCUGUGUGUGUGUGUGUGUGUGUGUGUGUGUGUGUGUGUGUGUGUGUGUGUGUGUGCGCGCCAAAAUAAAGGCAGAUGAAAAUAACCAAGAGAAAAAGAUAAAAAUAACCUAAGCUACAGUACCGUGCAAAAGUCUGAGGCGCAUGUAAAGAAAUGCUGUAGACCAAAAAUAGUUUAAAAAAAUAAUGAAAUUAAAUGAUUCAACAUUAAAAAAAUACUAUAAACAGUAGUAAGCCAUAAUAAAUGAAACAAAGUCAAUAUCUGGUGUGAGAUGACCCUUAAAUGAGCUGUAGGUUUUACUGAGCAUCUUGCAGAACCAGCCAUGGUUCUUCUGGACUGUCACACUGGCUUCUUAAUUUUGCACCAAAACCCAGUAGCCUUCAUUAUGUUUUCUUUUUUUAAUCUGAAAAGUGCUCUCUUAUGGAAUACACUGCUAAGAUCCAAAUGAUUUUUCUUCUGUAACAUUUAAUUUUGUGCUAGAAAACGAACGUUUGCGACUCUAAAAUGUUUUUGUACUGACUCGACAAUGUAGAAGUCAUAAAAUAGAAAUCUAUAACAAAGUUUGUAUGAAAAAAUGAGGGUGCCUAAGACUUCCGCACAGUACUGUAUUGAUUUAAUGUUGAAGAAAAUCAGUUAUGUCUGAUCCCAAGUUUAAACUGUGAUUUUUAGCCUUGUUAAUUAAAGCAGUUUAACACUGCCAUUAUCUAUUAAAUAGGAUAACCACAGAUGUUUUGGCAGACUUUUAGGUGGGAACCAUGAGCUGUUGACCCUGAAUAUGGAACCUUUCUUUGGAGUAAUUGUAAUGGUAUUAUAGAAUGAUCACUGAGAAGAAAUAAACUUGGGUUCUCAUCCAUUGCUAAAUCCAA